AUGUCCUAUACGGGUUCGACUGCCCUUAAUCCUUCACGCCCAGCACCCACACCGAGCAUGUAUUCGAGCCAGUCAUCGCUCGCCACGAAUGGCUACAACCCCGCCUUCACUUUCAAUCCCAACUCAGCCUCGGGUUCGUCUUACUCAACCUCUUACUCAGGCAUCGGCGGAUCUCCAUCUUCGUCGGGCAGCGUAGCGGGCGCUGUUGUUCGGCAAGGCCCAGUCAGCGUCAAAGAAGAGGGCACGCUGACCAGUUGGAUAUGGAAGGUCAAAUGGCUCAUUCUUAAGGACAUGACCCUUACCCUCCACAAAUCCGAGACCGCUCCCCAACAAAUCGUCAUCCUCCUCCGCGAUAUCACAAGCAUCGAACGAACCGACCUCAAGCCAUACUGUCUACUAAUGGAGACACAGGACAGGAAACGGUACUACUUUUCGCUCAAGAGUGACGAGGAGCUGUAUGGCUGGCAAGACGAUAUCUACUCCCGCUCCCCGCUUAUGGGGUUCAGCAAUCCGACCAACUUUGUCCACAAAGUCCAUGUUGGUUUUGAUCCAGUCAGCGGCGCGUUUACUGGGAUGCCCGAUCAAUGGAGCAAGCUGCUCACCAAAUCCGCCAUUACUCGCGAGGACUAUGCCAAAGACCCUCAGGCGGUGUUGGAUGUGCUCGAAUUCUACACAGAUCACCAGAAACGUGAGAUGGAGCGAGAGAGGGAACGAGAAAUGAUGAUGAUGGCCGACACCAGUGCGCCAGCUCGUUUCAACGCUGGUACUGGCCUCGGCGGCAUGACUAUGAUGGGAGGCUCCACUUCUUCAUUAACGGAGCGCCCUGGCAUGAAACGACAAGAUUCGGCGCCGCCUGGCCUUGAUACAAACACAUCUCUCUCAUCUAUUUCUCCUCCUCGACCCGCUCAACCCCAACCUCAACUACAAUCAACACGUCCUGCCCCCCCACGCCCUCUUCUCACCGGAACUCGGCCCGCUCCCGCGGCCCCCCCACUCAACGGUUCUUCUGCCCAAGCAAAGACUGGUGGGGAUUUGCCGUCGUCUGCGGAUCUUCGAGCCCGACAGAAGGCAACUGGGCCGCCGACGACUACAGCUCCCCUUCCAUUACGCAAGGACUCACUCCAAACACCAAGCGCUCAACAGCAACGAGCCGAGCAACGAGCCGAGGCGGCCAAACGAGAAAGGGAGAGAGAAUUACAAGCACAGAAAGAGCGCGAACAGGAGCAACAGCAACAACAACAACAACAACAACAAGAGAGACCCCCCUUGGGCCCUCCAAGCAAGACAGCACCUAUACCCAAUGCCUCCUCCAAUACCGCUGCCGGAGCAACCGCUGGUCCUCCGCCAGUCAAACCUCUUCAGCCUGCCAAAAAGCCUUUGAUUCAGUUCGAAGAAAAGCCGGCGACCGGCGGUCAAGGAGUUGCUGCUGCCGCUGCUGCCUUGGAGAAGAAGGGAGGAGAUUUGAAGGAGAAGCGCAUCAGCACUAUGACUGAGGUCCAGAUUAUGGAGAAGUUGAGGCAGGUCGUAUCGGAUGACGACCCCAAGACACUAUACAGCAAGAUUAAGAAGGUCGGGCAAGGUGCUUCGGGUCAUGUCUAUGUGGCCAAAACACUCGCGACCGGCAAAAAGGUCGCCAUCAAAGAGAUGGACCUCUCCCACCAGCCGCGCAAGGAAUUGAUUGUGAACGAGAUUCUCGUCAUGAAGGAAUCACAACACCCCAAUAUCGUCAACUUCCUGGAGAGUUACCUCGUAAAGAGCAACGAGCUCUGGGUCGUGAUGGAGUACAUGGAGGGUGGCGCGUUGACGGAUAUAAUUGAGAACAACUCGCUCGAGGAGGACCAAAUCAGUUCCAUUUGCUUUGAGACAUGCAAGGGUCUCGGACACCUCCACAGCCAGAGCAUCAUCCAUCGAGACAUCAAGUCGGACAAUGUUCUUCUCGAUGCUGCAGGCCGAGUUAAAAUCACUGACUUUGGGUUCUGCGCCAAACUCACGGAUCAAAAAUCCAAGCGAGCAACGAUGGUCGGUACACCGUAUUGGAUGGCCCCCGAAGUCGUGAAGCAAAAGGAGUAUGGUGCGAAAGUUGACAUCUGGUCGCUUGGGAUCAUGGCUAUCGAGAUGAUUGAGAAUGAGCCGCCGUACUUGGACGAAGAACCGUUGAAGGCGCUCUAUCUGAUCGCAACCAACGGAACACCGACCCUGAAGAAGCCUGAAGCGCUCAGCCGCGAGCUCAAAGGCUUCUUGGCAGUGUGUCUGUGUGUUGACGUGAGCAGUCGGGCGACCGCGAAUGAGCUUUUAGAGCACGAAUUCUUGAAGAAAGCAUGCGCAUUGGCCGGGCUUGCGCCGUUGUUACGGUUCAAGACCAAGGCGUGA